AUUUCCGACAACUCGUAAAGGCAACAGAACCUCCGCUAAGCUACUUGAAGUGAGGCUCCUUCAUCCCAAGGAGAGGAAAGCGUAGAAGGUGUGGCUCGAGGGUUUGCAUCUUUUCACCGCACAAAAUGCUGAACCCGCAGAGGUCUCUGUCCGAGCUGCCCAAGAUGUCCGCUGCCAGUCAGGUGGAGAGAGCCGUGCUGGAGGAGGAAUUCAACUGGCUGCUUAAAGAAGAAGUACAUGCUGUUCUAAAGCAGCUCCAGGAUGUCCUCAAGGAAGCAUCUAGACGUUUCUCAAUGCCGACGCCAGGCCUGGAGAGUCAGCUCAAACAGGAAAACUUCAUCCUUGGCAGCUCAACCAUGGAUCAGGUGAAGGGGGUGCUGACUCUGCAGGGAGAGGCUCUGACUCAGGCUGACAUAAAUCUGAAGGUUGCGAAAAGUAGCCAGGUGCUGCACUUUCAGUUCAGAGAGGACAAGCAGUGGAAGCUGCAGCAGAUCCAGGAUGCCAGAAACCAUGUGAACCAGGCUCUGCAGCUUCUGAACAGUCGUGAUGAGAGCUACCACUUCCAGACGGGGGCUGAGGUCAAUAAGCUCAUGGAUGCAGUGAUGCUGCAGCUGACACGAGCACGAAACCGCCUCACUACCCCAGCAUCCAUGACAAUGCCUGAGCUGGCCACCAGUGGUCUGAUGAAAAUGUUCACUCCUCCCAUGCCUGGCGAUGUGAUGGUGAACUUUUACAUCAACUUAAGCAAACUGUGUCUGACUGUCUACCAACUUCAUGUGCUGCCUCCCAACACCACUAAGAAUUUUAAGCCAGCUGGAAGUUCAGUGUUGCACAACCCUGGAGCAAUGUUCGAGCUCAACAACAACCGUUUCGAGGUGAGCCACGUUCACAAGGUGGAGUGUGUGGUGCCUUGGCUCAAUGAUACGCUGGUGUUCUUCACCAUCUCCCUGCAACUCUGUCAGCAGCUCAAGGACAAGAUAUCAGUCUUCUCUAGUUUCUGGAAUUACAGACCUUUCUAAUCAUCCUCCAGUCAAUCCUCCAGACUAACCGCACAUGUAAGGGACAUCCUGGGAAGGAUUUUAUUUUCUAAUGUAUUGGUCAUCCACUCAUUCAGUCCGAGGUGUUGCAUGAUUAGGUGAAGGAGCCAAUCAAACCCCAACAGAUAUCAAUAUUUGCCAUUCCCAGUCAUGUUGGCCUUGCUGACUGACAUUCCUCUUAUCUGUGUAUUGCAUCUCACAGCACUGACUUGAACUUCUGAAAGAAUGAAUGUUAUUGUUGUUGAUUUAUCAUUAGAAUAAUUCAAGCUACUUAAAACUUACUUAGUAUUUAUCCCAACGUUAUCAUCUGAGCUGUCUUGGGUAGAAAACUAAUGUGUGUACUUGGGGUUGGAAGACUGAGAAGCUGUAAGAGCUCAUAGUGGGAUUUUUUUCUAACAUUUUUACAUUCAGACACAUGUGGUACGAAACACAUGGUCCUGCAUUCUUCCACAUGUUUUAAAGACCCUUCAAAAAUAUUUACACAACUAGCUUCAUGGGUGCAUUUUCACACCAUAAUUUGCAAGAAGGUACAGUAAAUACAGGAAAAAAAGUGCUAAAAUCCUCAUUGCUAGACAAUGUGAGACCUUGGUUAGCUACUUCCCCAAAAGCUGCUACAGUUUGUUUGCUCUGCCGCAUCCCAGAAUACAAUGCACAAUAGGCUACAGGAGCCGUUUAGCUCAAAGAUGGUAGUUGGGUUGUAUCAAGGUCAGAUCAAAGCACCAGAAUCAGAUAUAAGUGGCUAAAAGGUGCAUGAAAACACACACACACACACACACACACACACACACACACACACACACACACACACAUUAUUAUUUUGGCUAGAUCCACACUGAUAAAUUUCUUGUUUUAAAACAAAUCACUUCCAAUGUCUAUGCCUGGUGUCCACACUACUCCGGAGUUUCCGAGCGCCCAAACCUGAGUCAUUUGGAAAUGAUGAUGCAGGUUCUUCUCAAUCAUGACUCGACUACCAGUGGUGAAUGCAAAGCUUUGUUAAUGACGACAAGGUUGAACUGUUACUAACAGUAAGAGUUAGGAACUCUUUGCAUUCACCACUUGUUGUCGAGUGGUUGGUACUAAUCUAAUGGCUGAUUAGAACCAACCACGAAGCAAAUGCGGAUGACUACAUUAUAGUUUAAAAAAGUUUCUUUCUUUAGUAGUGUUGACACAAGGCGUAAAUAUAGCAAAAGUGUUGCAUUCAAAAAAUUAGAUAUAUUAGUGUGGACAUAUUCUUGAAUUCUUUUAAAGAAGGUUUAAAUUUCUACAUUAACAAAAUAUCCAUGUAUAUUGAAUUGAGCACUGUUGCUGGUUAUAGUCAAUACACUGUAGUUACCCAAUUAAAGGAAUGUUUUAACAUUUUUGGAAAAACGCUUUUAUUCUGUUUCUUGUUUUCUUAAAAAACAAGUUAAUAAGUUUAGUAUGAUACGAUUCUCAUGUGGAUGAGCUACAACCAGGUGCCAGUUAGCUUAUGAUAGCUUUGAGACUAGAAACGGGGAGCGACAACUGUCCUGCCCAAAGUGCCCUCUGGAUGUGUUUCAGUAUCAUCAAUUCUGUAAUUGUGCUUAUUAACCAGUGAUGAGUAAUCAGGACACUUGAGGCUUGAGUUUAAAGCAGAAUUCAAUAAGUUGAUCAAUUAUCAAUGCUGGGUGCACAAAUUAUUUAUAGUAAGACAGUGUGACUUGGAAUGCUAAAAAUGAAGAGAGAAAUCUCCCCAGUGAGGAGAUACAAAAGUAUUCUGUAAACAUUUCCCACUGUGGGUUCUGAGGGGAUAAACCAGUCGGUCACUGUUAAGCUAUCAGCCACGUCAAGUGUUUGUCUGUUCUAUGUUCUAUUUAUUUGAUAUAUUUUGCACACUUUGUUGAUUCCCUGUGAACCAAACACUAAUCCAAUUAUGAGCAAAUUACUUCAUUCCAGUAAGUGUUAUUCUGUAUUUUGAAAAGUUGCUUAUCAUACAAUAUGAUUUAUCCGUGCAAUAAAAUGUCCUAAACACUAA